AUGGGGGAGGAAGAGAAGAAACCAGCUGCAGAGGAGGUGAAAAAACAAGAGGAACCGAAGAAAGCAGAAGAAGAGAAGAAAGAAGAGAAGCCAGCUGAAAAACCAGCUGCAGAAGAGAAAAAAGAUGGGAAGAAAGCAGAGGAAACAAAAGAUGAAUCACCUCCACCUCCUCAAGAAAUUGUACUUAAAGUCUACAUGCAUUGUGAGGGUUGUGCCCGUAAGGUCCGCAGGUGCCUUAAGGACUUUGAAGGAGUUGAAGAUGUAAGUACUGAUUGCAAGACUAGUAAGGUGGUUGUGAAAGGAGAAAAAGCGGAUCCAUUGAAGGUUCUUGAAAGAAUUCAAAGAAAGAGCCAUAGGCAAGUGGAGCUUAUAUCUCCGAUCCCAAAACCUCCAUCAGAGGAGGAGAAGAAAGCUGAGGAGAAGGAGAAGCCUAAAGUUGAAGAGAAGAAAGAAGAGCCUCCUGUGAUCAUAGUGGUGCUAAGGGUAUACAUGCACUGUGUAGAAUCAGCUGAACCAGAUCUUAAGAGCUCAGAGGUGACAGUGAAGGGAGUGUUUGACCCUCAAAAACUAGUUGAAUAUGUGUACAAGAGAACUGGCAAGCACGCAGUGAUAGUUAAACAAGAGCCAGAGAAGAAAGAAGAAGAGAAAGGAAAAGAAUCCAAAGAAGAGAAAAAAGGUGAAGAAGGUGACAAACAAAACAAAGGUGGUGGUGGUGGUGGUGAGCAAGGAGGGAACGAAGACAAGAAAGAAGGUGGUGACAGCGAGGCCAAAACAGAAGCUAAAGCAGCAGCAGCAGCAGAGGAGACUACAGAAGAGACCACAGUGGUGGAGCUCAGGAAAAUGGAUUUUUAUAAUUAUUACCCACCAACAAGAUAUGAGUACUAUGAACAUGCACCCCCUCCUCAGAUCUUCAGUGAUGAGAACCCCAAUGCAUGUUCUGUUAUGUAA